AUGUUCUUGCAACAAUCUUCAAAGGCUCUUAAUGGUGGACAGUCAGCCCAGAAGGAGAAGCUAGCCAAGGAAAAGGCAGCCAAUCGUCCAUGGGUGGAAAAGUACCGUCCCAAGACUAUCGACGAAGUCGCUGCACAAGAGCACACGGUCGCCGUCCUUAAAAAGACGCUCCUGUCUAACAAUCUCCCGCAUAUGCUUUUUUACGGCCCUCCAGGCACGGGCAAGACAUCCACCAUCCUUGCGCUGGCAAGGCAGUUGUUUGGGCCGGAACUUAUGAAGACACGAGUGCUUGAACUCAACGCGUCCGACGAAAGAGGUAUCACAGUAGUCAGGGAGAAGAUCAAAAACUUUGCCAAGCUGGCGGUCACCAACCCAAAAGAAGGCUUUCCUUGCCCACCUUUCAAGAUCAUUAUCUUGGACGAGGCGGAUAGUAUGACACAGGAUGCGCAGAGUGCAUUGAGGCGAAUCAUGGAACAAUACAGCAGAAUCACAAGGUUCUGCCUAGUCUGCAAUUACGUCACUCGUAUCAUCGAGCCACUCGCUUCUAGAUGCAGCAAGUUCCGUUUCCGCUCGCUUGACACCUCGUCCACCAAGGCUCGACUCGAAAUGAUCGCUUCUGCCGAAUCCGUCGCCUUCCGAGACUCUGGUGUUCUCGAUACCCUCAUCAGCACAUCGGACGGAGAUUUGCGUCGAGCCAUCACCUACCUGCAAUCUGCAUCGCGCCUUCACAGCUUGACCGGGGAAGACAAAUCUGCCAUCACCUCCGAGUCCAUCGUCGAGAUCGCAGGUGUUGUCCCGAAUCGUGUCAUUGCCUCCCUCGCAGACGCCAUCGGAAUCGAGGCAUAUAGCCCCGACGACGAUGUCGAGAUGCAACCCACUGGCGGAGCAAAGAAAAGAGAUACAUUUGAGAGGAUUCGAGACGAAGUCAGGAUCAUCACAAGAGAGGGCUACUCGAUCACACAAUUAUUGUUGCAGUUGCACGAUCAUGUGAUUGGACAUCCAACAUCGCAGGCCAAGAUCAAAGCAAAGGCGGCGCUGCUAAUGGCUGAGAUGGACAAGAGUCUGACGGAUGGUGCGGAUGAAGAGCUUCAAUUGCUCAACUUGUGUCUCAAAUUGCAAGAAGUGGUGCAGACCGAUGGCAAAGCGUACGUCUAA